GCUUAAAGUGAAAGAAUAAAUAUCGUAAAUAUUGCCUUUUUUUUUAAAAAAAAAGCUCAUUCCUGUGCAUGAAAGUGUGUAUAUUGUAUGAUUCAUGUAGCAGGUCCAGUUGAGUUGAAUCAGGAUUUCCUUGGUCGAGGUGUUUGUUGGGGUCAAACAUACGUAUUGGACAUCCUUUAUCUCCAAACAAAAGGCAAAAACAAUAGAACAGUUCCAUCUACAUGCGCAUUAAAAUUUCAGUCUCUUGCUCUUUCCUUUGCUAUGUGUAUUACUCAGUUCUUAUUUACAAAUAAUUGGUUUCCUAGUGGUUAGUAAAUGUUUAGAUAUAGUACUUGAUUUUAAUAAUAUUUUCUCUUUUCUACAUUACUGCAUUACUGAACAUUUUUUUGUCAGUUACUUCUGGUGUGUGAUCUGUCACUAUGACUAAAAUAAGUCCCUAUGCUUUAACUUCUUAUGCUAGGAUGUCUCAUGGUUAUUGUACCUCAUAAAGCAGCAUAUUAACGAGAAAUAUGCCAUCUUACAAGAAGUUUUUAAAGAGAUUGUAGGCAAAUCAAUUGCUUCAGGUAAAAUUAUUUUUUCCAAGUUCUGCAUUCUGAGAUAAUCAGGGGGAAAAAACCCUUAGCAUUCGUCAUUGCAAAUAGACCCCUAAUACCUCCUGGUUUUGUUGCAAAAGUACUGUUCUUUAUGAUCUGGCAAAAAAUCAAACGGAAAAGGAAUAAGGAACACUGGUCUUACAGAAAAAUGAGACAGUUUUUCUUCACUUGUUCAUCCUUCUCGGAGAUAAAAAUAGUUGAAGUUCCAAGAAGGGGUCAUCUGAUUGCCACUUGGAGCUUGUCACCCACCAUAAUGUUCGCUUGCUUCUACUUCAGUGAACUCUAUUCUGCUGUGCCGUAAUUAUCCCCAGUACUGAGCCAUUUGGUAUAUGUGUGGCUGAUACCUACAUAUUACUUGUAAAAACCUGUAAUCAAAAGAGGUACAUUGUUUCCUUAAUAUUAGAAUACCCAAAAAUAGCUACUGUAUGGUUAAUUUUACUGCUGUCACCAUUACUACAUAUGCGUUUAAUACUUUUUCCAGCACGUUCUAGAGGUGCUUCCAGAAUAAGAAACUAGUACAGUUCCUCUUUGGGAAGUAUUCAUUUUUGUCCUUGUGUUCUGAAGGAAAAUAGGAUUUUUUUUGCAAUGCUAGAUUCCUGGUACUGUUGAUACAUACAGGAAGGUAGAGAACUCAUGCAUCUACCAGCUUUAAAGCCGCCUUUGGAUACUAUGGAAAAUUUAUGUUCCGAGGUGCUCAGUGUCAGAUUUCUAGCUGAUUGCUGAGAGGUCCUUAUCAUAUCACAAAGAGAAUUUAGCAGUGGUCUUAAGACAAAAUGUUUGGGUCUUAGUUGAGAAUUAAGCGUUCUUCCACUUGAAAAUUGUUUCCAGCCAAAGCAUCUCCAUUGCUCCUAGAUAAGUGAUAUUACUUAUGCCUCAGGUGACUAGCUUGUCCAGUUUGUCUUACGGACAGUAGCUAGCAUACAUUAUGGAUUUCACUUGUGAUGGCUUACAAAAAAAAAAUUAAUCUGAUAUCUGGAAUGAUCGUGGACCUAUAGAGCACAUUAACUUUAACAAGAAGAUUCUAAACAAAAGAGAUUGUAUCUCCCAGUUUUAAAAUUUAUAUCUCUGUAUGAGAUCUUCUGACAGUUGUUUCAGCACUUUACUUUUGAGAAUAACAGUAUUUUUUAGUUCCAACAACUCUGACCAGGGUCCCUGAAAUGGUUUAUGAAAAGUUAACUUCCUGCUGGGGAACCUGUUUGUCUGCAAGGUAUAGAUUUUGAUCUCACAGAUCUGGUAUUUGCAGCUGUGACAGCAUAUUCUGCUUUUUACCUCCCUUUCCUUUUGAACAGCUUUUUCAUAACAAUAAAAUAAUCCAAAAAUACUAGGAAAACCACCAAAACCUUUAUCAAAAUUCUAUCCAAAAGCUAUUUCACUCAUUAAAAUCACACUGUCCAAAUUUUAUGGCCUUUUUUUCAAAACCAUAUUCAAACAAAGCUUGUGAGGAAACUGCAUGCAUUCAGAGUCUGCAGCACUUUAUUUCUGUCUGGAUGAAGAUAAGCUGCUCAGAAUAUUCUUCAGGCCACUUGCGUCCAAUGGAGAUAAGGUUAAAGGAUAGAUUAUAUCAAUAAUGAUAACCGCUAACAUAGUAUCUCUUGGUUUUAAACUUUAAGAACUGUAAUCAUACCUGUGAUGAUAAAGAAUCAGGGAACCUCCCAUGCUGCUUUGAGUAAUAUUUCUCUUCCAGUCUCUGAUAAGGUCUUUGUUUGGUGUGCAGUGAAUUUGUUUGAUCAUCACUUCUGCUACGGAGUUGUGCAAGUCCAAAGCUACGUUACAACUGCUGUCAAACGGGAACAUGCUCUUACAAUGAGUGCUACCCAAGAGUCAUGAACGAUAGAAAACCUCUAAUCAGACAAUUAUUUGAAGUAGAAAGUUACUUCUUACAAUAGUUCUUUGUUGUCAAUAUAUGUAGUUAUGCAGUCAGUAUAUGUAGACUCCCUAGUUAAAAGGGCAGAAGUAAAACCACUACAAUAAUGAAAUGCAUCAGUAUAUUAAGAUAUACUGUACAUACCUAUUUGAUAGAUUGCAUUGUAUGACCAUCUUCCUUUUUUAAUAAAAGACUUGUCCAUCAGGGAUUUGGCUAUGAUGAAGAGACUCAUGGAUGUUUGGAUGACCUCAUAGUUUGCUCACUGUUUUGAGAAUCAAGGACAGUCAUAAUGUAGGAAUUUUCUCAUCAUAUAGUGCUUAUUAAAAGAAAUGAGUUGCACAGCAUGCUUGGAACAGACAUCUUGCGUUGCAUUUCUUUCCCAACAUGUUUUCUGAUAGUAUAGAAGUUUAUCACAUGCUUGUCAAACAAAAAGCACUCUUUUCUGUCUGACCCUGACCAGUAUUCUUUUAAUUACUCUAAGUGCAGAGGAUGUAUCAUGCUAGAGUGUUUAUAAACUCUGAUCAGGUAGGAGCAAAUAAGAAGAGCGGGAUGUUUGCAGUAUGUUUGUCUGCUAUGCAGAACAUGGUAAAAAUGUGCUUAGGAACUGGCUGCUAUUUUUAAAAGGUAGAUUAAGUUUAGAGUUUGAUCUACAGAAUGACCUCCUUUUAAAAACGAGCCCUUAGUACAGGACAGGUUUUAAAUCUACAACAUUAAAGAUAAGCACCAAAGUUUUUAGCAUUUCUGAGAUAAUGAGGGGACCAUUAGUAAGAUACGUUAUCCUUACAAAUAUCCUAAUUAAACCUUAAUUAAAAAAAAAAAAAGUUUUACAAUGAGGAGAUAUUUACAACAGUUGUUAGUACAUUUGUAAUAUGGGGAUCAGAAAAGCAAUCCUUCAUUUUAGACCCCCUCACUCCAGGCUUUUAGGAGUGAUCCAUUCCCUAUUGAUUCCAAAUUAAUGUCUUAACUAUGCCACAAAUAUAAAAAACAUGCCUGAAUAGAUCCUUAAAACCAGAUACUUUUAAGAAUUUGUAUCUUAGAUAAGGUAAAAACACUUCUCAGGCACAUUUGUUUAAAAAAAAAAUGUUGGUUGAUAGUUAUUUUUAAACUCUGAUAUCUGGACAUACUUUGUUCAUUCUUCCACAAUUUUGAAGCUUUACCUGAAGCUUGAAUAAUUACACAUUUUUGGGCAUACUUCUGAGGAAAUUUUAUUUUUCCCCUUUCAAUUUACAUUAGGUGUAUCUUAAGUUCAUUUGACUGUGACUUCUGUUAAUGUGGAUAGCAUAGGAGGUAGCAUUGCAUCAUUUAACUUUUCACUAUUUGUAUAAGUGCAAUCCCCACUUUUAAUAGUUUAUAAAUCUUUUCAUGUAGUUUCCUUUGAUGUCUUCUACAGACUGAAGGACACCAGCAUGUCUUACCCCAAACAAGGACCUUGUAGUAUCUCUAUGCACAGCUUUGUUUUCCUCCAGCUCUAUAAUUUUUGCUUAAAAUAUUUUAAUGCUUAAAAAAGUCAAACUCUUAAGAAAUACUGGGGGGGGAAAGAAUAGUGUAUUUACAACUCAGUUCAAUUAGAUUAUUCUUAGCACUAUAGUUUUUUUCAUUCUGCUCCAAACUUUAAGAUGAUGAUAGCUUUGUCAGUCUGGGGAAAAAAUAAUUACCCAUGACAUUUACAUUCUUAAUUACCAAGAUCUACCACGAGCUUAUCCAAAAUUAAGUAUGUACACACAGUGAUAUUUAUAGACCAUGAUUUCAUUGGCAGACAUUUUAGAUUGUAUGUUUGACUCCAAAUUAUUCUUCCAAUGAUUAUCAGGUCAGAAAACGGUUGUUCAGAGCUUUGGAAGCAAUUGGUCAUGUUAAUGCAUUUUUACUUCUCUUCCACUACAUUUUUUAACUUUUUCAACAUGUGGACACGACAAGAUUUUACUUGUGGGUUUUUUGUUUGUUUUUUCUUAAAGGCAACCUGCUUCAUAAAUGGUUAAAUGUGAUUGUAUAGUUGAUUUAAGAAUUUCUCAAAAACAUGAUUCUUAGCUCUAUUAAACACAGCACUCUUUCUGUUCUUUUAUAUAUAAUAUCUGUCGGAUUGUGUAUUGCAGAGGUGAGUGCCCUUAGUACUUUGGGAUUAAAAGUCACCUGUGAAAAGCUUUAUUCUUGGAAAGCAUCUUGGUUUCUCAUCUUUUCUUACUCUGGCCAACACAUACGUAUUCAGAUUUUGUAGGCAGUUUGGGUGAUCCUAAAAUUACAGGAAGCUUUGUGUAAAUACUCUAGAAAAUAUCAGCCUCUGUUUCUGUGUCAUAUUUGUAUGUGAAAUUACUGAAUUUUGUUGCAUUAACAUUAAUAACAACAUUAUAUACCAUUUAUAUGUGUGUAUGCUGAAGGGAAGGUGGUAUGUGGAAAAGGUCAUCAGGGCCUUUGGAUUCAAGCCCUCUUUUCACACAAUGUUGUUGCAACAUCUUGUACUUGAAUAUUGGUUGCUUCGUUCUUAAGUGCAAAUUUGGUAAUGAUUUUCUUUGCUUAUAACCUUGAUUUCUCUUCUGCUUAAAUGCUUAGGGAAAGGAUUAAUAAUGUUAUAUGAUGUAGACAAUUCACUUAACGAGCUUUUUCUGGGUGGAUGGGAAAUAUGUCAGUUUACAGGGAUAUUUUGAAUGAUUUCUAAAUCUGGGGUGGGAUCUCUGAAAAGAACAGAGUUAGGUUCUGUUCAAGGAGUGUCAUAAAUGUUUGACAGAAUACCCACACAGAAGAGCAAGCAAUGCAGGGGAAGAAUUUUGGUCUGGACUGCAAACUUUUAAUGUUUUCGGGUGUACAGAAAGCUGUUAACCAGCUUUUUUAAACCUAAGUUUAAAAAAAAGUAAAUUGAAGUUUCCUAACACAUUUGGUGAGGCCUUUCGUAGUCUAUUCCUAGAUAAAAACUGGAUGCGUAAAAAAAGGUAGAUGAAACUGUUGGAAUCCUACUGAGAGCCCUUGGGAUGAAAUAAUUUUGAAGAGAAGAAAUGAGAAUUCUGAAUGUCAGUUGAAUGAAGAAAUUAUGGAGCACUCUAGGAGGGUAUUUCCCUCUGUGAUAAAAUACAUUGUAGAUAUGCUUAUAUGGGAAGAAGAGAAGGAGCUGCCACCAGAGCUCACAAUUAGCAGAGAGAAGGUAGACAGCUACUACUGUGUCCUUUUCAAUGAUGAACAUCAUUCUUAUGAUCAUGUCAUCUAUAGCCUGCAAAGGGCACUUGGCUGCGAACUUGGUGAAGCCCAGUUGCAUACUACUGCCAUAGAUAAAGAGGGUCGUAGAGCUGUUAAGGCAGGACAUUAUGCUUCUUGUCAGGAAGCAAAAGAAGAAAUCAAGAGGCAUUCUGAAAAUGUUUCUCAACGAGCACUUCAUGUGGAGGUUCUGCAUGCUGAUGUUAUGGCUCACCAGAAGUUUGCCCUGCGCCUUGGUUCUUGGCUGAACAAACUCAUGAGCUAUUCAAGUGACUUUCGCCAGAUCUUCUGUCAAAUAUGUCUCAAAGAAGAAGCUGGAUCUGAAAAGCCAUGCUUCAUAAGCAAGUUGAUGCUAUGGGAUGCAAAACUUCAUAAAGGGGCAAGGAAGGUUCUUCAUGAACUUAUCUUCAGUAGUUUUUUUAUGGAAAUGCAAUACAAAAAACUUUUUGCUGUGGAAUUUGUGAAGUAUUACAAGGCAUUGCAAAAAGAAUACAUCAGUGAUGAUCAUGACAGAGUUCUCUCUGUGACAGCACUCUCAGUUCAGAUGUUCACCGUACCUACUCUGGCCCGACAUCUUAUUGAAGAGCAAAAUGUAAUCACCACCAUUACAGAGACACUCCUAGAAGUGCUUCCAGAGUACCUAGACAAAAAUGACAAGUUCAACUUCCAAGGUUACAGUCAGGACAAACUGAACCGGGUAUAUGCAGUAAUAUAUGACCUCAGGUAUGUAUUAGUCAGCAAGCCUACGUUAUGGACAGACCGUCUGAGGGAGCAGUUUUUAGAAGGAUUUGUUUCUUUCCUAAGGAUUCUAACUUGCAUGCAGGGAAUGGAGGAGAUAAAAAGACAGAUUGGUCAGCACAUUGAGGUGGACCCUGACUGGGAAGCAGCUAUUGCUAUACAGAUGCAGCUCAAGAACAUUCUUCUGAUGUUCCAGGAGUGGUGCGCCUGUGACGAAGAGCUGUUGCUCAAGGCAUACAGGGAAUGUCAUAAAGCUGUGAUGAGGUGCAGCACAAAUGGCCGCUCACGGGAAAAGACAGUGUUUCACUUGUGCGGCCAUACUCUGGAGAGCAGACCUUACAGAGUGUCUGCAGAUCCUGUCAGCAUACAUUUACCACUGUCUAGGACUCUUGCAGGUCUUCAUGUACGAUUAAGCAAGACUGGAACCAUCUCAAGAUUGCACGAGUUUGUUUCUCCUGAAGAAUUUCAAGUGGAGCUGCUAGUAGAAUAUCCAUUGCGAUGUCUUGUCUUGGUUGCUCAGGUUGCUGCAGAGAUGUGGAGGAGGAAUGGGCUCUCCCUGAUAAGCCAGGUAUUCUAUUAUCAAGAUGUUAAAUGCAGAGAAGAGAUGUAUGACAAAGACAUCAUCAUGCUCCAGAUAGGUGCAUCUCUUAUGGAUCCAAACCAGUUCCUCCUACUGAUACUGCAGAGAUACGAGCUUGCUGAUGCUUUCAAAAAGAUCAAGCCCACCAAAGAUCAGGAUUUGAUCAAACAAUGUAACGUGCUCAUAGAAGAGAUGCUACAGAUUCUCAUCUAUGUUGUGGGGGAAAGGUAUGUGCCUGGAGUGAGUAAUGUGACAAAAGAAGAUGUUAUCAUGAGAGAAAUUAUCCAUCUGUUAUGUAUUGAACCAAUGGCUCACAGUGCAAUUACCAAGUCCUUGCCUGAAAAUGAGAACAAUGAAACUGGCUUGGAGAAUGUAAUUGAUAAAGUGGCUACAUUUAAGAAACCGGGUGUGUCUGGCCAUGGAGUUUAUGAACUGAAAGAUGAGUGCUUGAAGGAGUUCAAUAUGUUCUUUUAUCAUUACACUAAGACCCAGCACAGCAAGGCUGAACAUACACAAAAGAAAAGAAGAAAACAAGAAAACAGAGAUGAAGCAUUGUUGCCGCCACCUCCUCCAGACUUCAGUCCUGCAUUCAGCAACGUGGUGAGGAUUCUGAACUGUGACGUUAUGAUGCACAUACUGCGGACCAUUCUUCAGAGAGCAGUAGAACUGGAAACCCACUUGUGGACUGAAGCUAUGAUCCAAAUGGUGCUUCAUCUCCUUUCUUUAGGGUUACUAGAAGAGAAGCAGCAGUUACAGAAGUCUCCAGAAGAAGAAGUAACCUUUGAUUUUUAUCACAAAGCAACACGAAUGGGAAGCUCGGCCUUGAAUGCUGUGAAUGUGCUAAUGCUUCUGGAAAAAUUAAAGAGAGUUCCUCAGUUAGAGGCACAGAAGGACACAGUCAAUUGGAUACUGCAGAUGUUUGACACAGUGAAAAGAUUGAGAGAAAAAUCUAGUUUGACAACAGUAGCAGCUACAUCAGGCUCAGAAGCUACAAAAGGUGAUGAGACACAGACCUCUCAGGAUAAAGAGAAAGCUGAGCGGAAGAGAAAGGCAGAAGCAGCUAGGUUGCACCGUCAGAAGAUAAUGGCCCAGAUGUCUGCACUGCAGAGGAAUUUCAUUGAAACCCAUAAGCUCCUGUAUGAAAACACACUGGAAGCACAGGGGAAAGGAGAUGCUAUUAUGGAGGAAGAAAGCAUGUCUUUGGCUAUUGAUUACUCUAAAAUCGCUUUGGGUCCCAAACGAGGUCCAUCUGUUGCUGAGAAAGAAGUUCUGACCUGUAUUCUUUGCCAGGAGGAGCAGGAAGUAAAGUUGGAAAGUGCUGCCAUGGUAUUAUCUGCCUGUGUCCAGAAAUCAACUGCCUUAACUCAGAAUAGGCGCAGAAUUCUUGAACUCUCAGGGGAUACACUAGAUCCUCUUUUCAUGCACCCUGACCUACCUUGUGGGACCCACACAGGAAGCUGUGGACAUGUGAUGCAUGCAGCCUGCUGGCAGAAGUACUUUGAAGCCAUGCAGCUGAACUUUCAACAACGUCUGCAUGUUGAACAGAUAUUUGACUUGGAGAACGGAGAGUAUCUUUGUCCACUUUGCAAAUCUCUGUGCAAUACUGUGAUUCCUAUUGUUCCAUUGCAGGCUCAAAAAAUAAACAGUGAGGAUGCAGAGGCAGUAGCUCAAAUUCUGUCGCUGGCUAGGUGGCUGGAGAUUAUCACAGUCAGGAUAUCGGGCUACAGUGUGAAAAAUGUUAAAGGAGAGAAACAAAAUCUUCCAGCUUUCGCCAACAAGGAAAUGGGGAACUCUGCUUUGGAAUUCCAUUCCAUCCUUAGUUUUGGAGUUCAGCCCUCAGUCAAAUACUCAAGCAGUAUCAAGGAGAUGCUUAUUCUCUUUGCCACCACCAUUUAUAGAGUUGGAUUAAAAGUUGCUCCAAAUGAAGCUGAUUACAGGAUUCCUAUGAUGACCUGGAGCACCUGUGCUUUUACCAUCCAGUGUAUAGAAAACCUCUUGGAAACAGAGGGCAAGCCUUUAUUUGGAUCUCUCCAAAAUAGACAGCACAGUGGCCUUAAAGCAUUAGUGCAGUUUGCAGCUGCUCAGAGAACAACAUCACCACAGGUCCUGAUUCAGAAACAUCUGAUUCGUCUUCUAGGAGUUCUUCUACCAAACUUCAAAGCGGAGGACACUCCAUCCCUCUUAGAUGUAGAUAUGUUCCACAUUUUGGUGGGAGUUGUGUUAUCAUUUUCAUCUUUAUACUGGGACGAUGCUGUAGACUUGCAACCUUCAUCAACUAGUUCAGCCUAUAACCACCUCUACCUCUUCCAUCUGACAACAUUGGCACACAUAACACAAAUUGUCAUCUCUUCAGCAACAGAUAGAGAAUCCCCUACUGCUCAAUCAUAUGACAACAGUGAGGAGGCAUGCUCUGCACAGUCUUUCUGCAGAGAGGUUUGCCAGUACACCAGCGGUUGCUUUAGUCAGGAUAUUCCAGGCUGGCUUGUGUGGGAUUGCGUUAAAAAAGGCAUCAUGCCUUACCUUCGUUGUGCUGCUUUAUUUUUUCAUUAUUUGCUGGGAGUUUCUCCACCUGAGGAGCUACUACAAGUUUCUGAAGAAGGACAAUUCAAGGCACUUUGUAGUUAUCUCUCUCUACCUACCAAUUUGUUCUUGCUCUUCCAGGAGUAUUGGGACACAGUAAAUCCAUUGCUUCAAAGAUGGUGUGCUGACCCUGUGGUGUUAAGUUGUUUAAAGGGGAAAAGCAUUGCAAUAAGGUACCCUAGGAAAAGAAAUAGUUUAAUAGAGCUUCCUGAAGACUAUAGCUGCCUUCUGAACCAAGCCUCUCAAUUUAGAUGCCCGCGGUCUUCUGAUGAUGAACAAAAACAUCCAGUAUUGUGUUUAUUCUGUGGGGCUAUGUUGUGUUCCCAGAAUACUUGCUGUCAGGAGCUGGUGAAUGGGGAGGAGCUGGGAGCCUGUACUUCUCAUGCUCUUCAAUGUGGAGCUGGAGUCUGUAUGUUUCUCAAAAUCAGGGAAUGCAAAGUUGUCCUCAUUGAAGGUAAAACCAGGGGCUGCUUAUAUCCUGCUCCCUACUUGGAUGAAUAUGGAGAAACAGAUCCAGGUCUGAAAAGAGGCAAUCCCCUGCAUUUAUGUCAGGAGCGUUACCGGAAGCUCCAUCUGCUAUGGCAGCAACACUGCAUCAUAGAGCAGAUUGCCAGGAGCCAAGAAACGAAUCAGAUCUUCUUUGGAUUCAACUGGCAACUGCUCUGAGUCUCUUGAGUUUUAGUGAAAACUCUUCUGUUUGGCAGUGCUUUGGAAAAGGAAAGGAGGGUGGCAGUAAAUAAUCUACUCUCAAGUGGAUUCUGUAGUUCGGACGUGAUGGAUUCUCUAGGUUGGAUGUAUUACUGGGACAUUGAAAUAGAAUCCUAUGACAUAUGUUUUGCUCUUUUGGUUUUUUCCCCUCAAAAGGAAACCCACAUUAUAUAAUUAUUACUGAACAUUCAGGUCCAGAAAUAUUUCCACUUUUUUUUUUUUUUGGAGAAGUUGUAAUUGUUUCACGUGUUUUGACGAGGACAGCUUCCCAAAUGCUGUGCUUGAGGGCACAUACCACAUUUCUGUCUCUUCCAUGUCUUGAGAAUAUACCUAAAUGGUGUUGCUAUGGAAAAGCUUCCUUUACUUUCCUCCUAGGUUCUUUUCCCAAGCUUAGUGAAGCUUUUAAAUAGGUCAACAUCUGUGGCAUAAUACUGGAGUGCAAGUGGUGUCAGGCCUUUAGUAAUCUGUAGCAACAGGUACAGCAAACAUUAAGUUGUACAGAAAAAGCCUGCAUUCAGCUAUAUCAUGGGAUUUAAUGAAGAGUUUUUAAUUAAUGAACUCUUUAAAGGAGAAGUGUGGGAUAGAAAGUGCAUGGAGGAGUUACCAUCUUGCUUGUUGCAUCAAAAAAUAAAGUCCAUGCUUUUUGCAUUGCCAGAACUGCACUUUAUCUAAUGAAUUUGUCCUCUAUUAAUGUUGUGUAUCCUAAGAGGUCUAGGGCUACACCAUUUGGCUAGAUUGUGGUUAGUUUUACUUCUUUUACAGUUUGUCUUCUGAGAUUUUCCCCAAGAACCAAACGUGAAAAUACUGUUAGGUAGUUGUAGUGUAGCUCUGCAAGUUAUACAAGAGCCAGAGACUUCAGUAAAGUAGAAGACCUUCAAAGCUAUCAUUGGACUAAAAUCAAGGCCCAAAAGCAGCAAGUUUUAGAAUCAGAAAUAAGUUUGUUUGCCCAUAGUUGAGGGAUUUUCCACUCUUCAUCCUCUGUCACUCUUGUUUGGAGCCCUGCCUGCAUAAAUGAAAUUGUGUGUUUUGAGGGGUGUGUUCAGUGGUUCAGUGCCAGUUAUAGCAGAAAAGGGAAAAAAAGGUGUCUACGUCUGUCUUUGUCCUUAAGUAGUUAAUAGCACAUUGUGAUUGAACUUUCUCUCAAUGAUACGAGACUGUCCUUCAGUUCUAAAUGUUUAUUGUUCUGUUUUCUGAAUUUCAACCAUAAUACAUGUGAGAGAAUUUGUAAUGUGAUAGGUAAAAAGGCUUUCCCAGGAAAGCCCAUUUCUGUGCAAAAGUUUGAAGUUGUCAUUACUCUAAAUUUCCCCGCCCCUUUGCUGUUUGGAUUCUUUUGUGUCAUUUUAAUAAGGCCUGCAAGGGGAGGCUUUCAAAUUAAUGUCUGAGAGCGUGUUUUUGUAUGAUUUGGUUUUGGUUUUUUGGUUUGUUUAUUUUGCUACUGAUUGUAUGAGAGAUAGUAGAAUCACAAAUAAUGAUUUAGAUUUAAAUAUCAUUGUUCUCCUAGUUUUUUAAAGUUUUUAGAGUACGUAUGAGUGCACUGAACAGCACCAUAAUGCAUCUAAAAGUGUAAUAUCAAUGAACUCACAUAUUGUUCUGAUUUCAAAUACUUUUUUAUAACUUUUGCAAUACUCUUUCCCUGGCUUUGGUGUAUUUUUCAGGUAUUCUGUUUCUUGCAGUUAAGACCAUUCUCCUUAUUUUGCUUCUUUCAGAUUUUAAACCUGAAUAUGAAACUCUUUAAAGACAAACUUUAAUUCUGUUAGUCUUCUCUAAAAUGUUUUUCAAAUGCAUACUGAAUUUAGAAGAACACUUGUCAUGAAAAUUUGCACGCACUGGCGAUUUCUAAGGUCAUCAAAACACUUCUUACCAACAAAAACAUUGGAUGAAGACUAGCAAAUGUAUGCCUCGUUGAUAGCAAAACUGUGUUCACUUGCUGUUUCCCUCUGAUAUUUACCUAUUCCUUUAUCAAAAACUUUCAGUUACCUUGCACUUCACUGAUACAAAAAUUCCGUUAUCAAAUAUGCAGUGAGAUCAGUUUAUUUUGUUUUCUGUCUGAACUGUAGUAUAUAAGGACAGGAGCUGGUCUGAGCAGGUGAGCUUGUGUUUAAAGCUCUAGAAAUCUUUUUGUAGCUGAAGAAGUGGGAGAGGAAAGUUGCAUCUUUCUGUACGUUUGCACAUACUAAUUUAGCAAAUGGGCUCCCAUAUCAUUCACUGACUAGCAUGGUCAUCUUUCAUUUCAUGAAUUACUAUGCAGUUUUGUUCACUGUGAGUAUAAUCUGUAUUUAGUGAUCGCAAGACGCUUACACCACUGAUUUCUGUUCCAUCCAAGCUGACAGAAGUUAUUUGAUAAUGCACAUAUUGGUAUCUUUAAUUGCAAAAAUGUAAAUUUGAAACUUGUAUAAUGUUCUUGUGCUUUUGAAAUAAAAUAUCUUGUAUAUGUAUAUUUAAAAAAAAAGGGAAAUAAAGUAACUUCUCAUAGAUUAUUCAGCUUUUAUUUGGAGGCGCUUUGACACUUCCACUUCACAGUUCAUUUUACAGGAGCAUUAUAGCAGCAUCCAUCAGUAUGGAAAAGGGGAAGAGUUAGUAAAUGGCGCGUAAACAAUACCAGUUAUCCCUGUGGUCCAUAUAAUCAUCGCACCAGUUAGUAACGGUGGCAAGCUUUUUCUUAUUUAAAGAAAUAUUCCACUUGAAACUUGUCCUAGUAUUUUACAGAUGCAAAUUCCUGCAGUGUCUACCUCAAUUUGUAAAAGAAGUCGUAAGUACCAAAUUUAAUAUUUACAUGGCCUUAAACUGAUUAGUUGAGUGAUUCUGGUUUUGUAGCUUCUCAAAGAAGAACUGGCUGCACUGUCUGUCAGGUACUUAACCUCUAGAAAGGGAAAGUUUGUGGUGUUGGUCUAAUGUGCUGUGUGAUACUUUUUAAUUCUUUUUUUUUGUUUUAAAAAGUGGUUUAUUACAGAGCAAAGAGCCAAGAAAUCUUUUACAUAGAAAAGGCCAGUACUUCUUGCCCCUUUUUAUGUUACAGGCUGCUGGUUGUCAUCACUUUCUCGCUGCUUUGCUGUAGCUUCGGGUAUCGUUAAGCUUACGGAGUUUGGGUGUUAAUGGUGGUGCUCUCUAUGCUUAUUCUUAGUAAAGGAGGUGUUUUUAAAGAACUAAUUCCUGAAAAGGUAAAAGGUAAAGGUAGGUAAAUAAAAGUCUACUAGCAAAACUGUUCUGAAGAGCAUUAGAACAAGAAGCCCAUUCAUUGGGGGAGGAAGGAAAAAAAACACAGCACCAUUUUUUUGCAUAGUACGAAUCUCAAGAUGCAAUGUACAAAUGUACAAAAUUGCAUACGGGACGGUUUUGGUUGUCAUAUGCUUUGUUUUAUGGUUGAAAUCCACUUUAUUUUCUAGACAAUGCCCUUGAAUCAUCUCCAUUAUUAACUAGUCAGAUUCAUGAUACAAUAUCUGAGUUUUUUACUUAGAUUCUUUUAACCUAUUACUUCACAAGAUCUUCAGAGAUACUUUCUUCAAAAAUGAAAGUUGUUUCCUUUCUGUGGCACAAUCUCUUUUGUUUUUCUGUGUUUUGCAGGUGGGCUAAAUUGGGGGGUUGAUAUAGAAAAUAAAUGGAUAAUAAUGAAAAUCCACCCCUAUACAAGUGUCUCAAACCCAGUUAUUUCUAAUCCUAGUUACAUUUUUCUAAACUUCUUUCUGUGACUCAUGCUGACUUUUACUAAAAGUGGCAAAACCGAUGUAUCUCAAUCCUCUGAUACUGCAGAUGAUCUAGUAUUUAUUUUCCUAAUUCAGACUUACACACAACUUCAUUGAGCAAUUCAAUUUACAUACUCCAUGCAGUUGCCUCCAGUUAAUUGACAUACAGGAGCAGGACAAGAUCAUCCAAGUGAUAGUCUCCUCAGAAAUAAGGACUCCACCUUCCAUGAGCAUCACACCUUUAUGGUUCUUUGCUAAACUGGACAGUACCGCAUGCAGAGCCUAAUGUGCUCCCAUAGCGGAAAACUGAUACGAAGCACAUGUGUACCAAAUGAUUUGUUAGUUUUUAAAUAUCGUGACUCUUGUGUUGUAGAGAACUGUACGACUGUAUGCAAUUUAAAAAAAUCAGUUUGCAGAAGGGAGGUUUCUAUCCUCUAAGGAAAUGUGCUGUGUUCAUUUUUUUAAAUAUGAAUUAAACUUUAAAUGUGCAGUA